AUGCUGGAGGAAGGCGAAUCCGAGAGCUACAACCAUACCACCUGUGGCGAGAAACACGGUCUAAAGAGACCAACUGUUUCCUUUGGCGGCAUCACACCACAUGGACCUGGCAAACACGGCAAUAUUGUCCGGUUCGUUUUCAACCUUGUUAUUUACACCAUGGCUUUUAUGGGGUUGGUGCUGGCCAUCAACCAGGUCAUCACACAUUCCCGGUCAUCGAGCUGCCCUAGUGGCCACCCUCUGGUUAAGACAGAUACCCCAGGGGCCAAAGGUCUUGCGCUUUUAGAGAAGACGAAUACAGCGAACUCGACGAACAAGCAUCACAAGUACUGCUACUGCGGCUACACCAUGGAUGAAAUGCACGAGAACAACUGCACAUUCGACACUCUGGCCAUGGCCUGGCUGCCGCCAUACUGCCGUGACGAGGAACUCACAGCCGAGUUUGACCGUUCUGGACCGGGACCCAACGGCAGCUGGACAUAUUGGCUGGACUACAACCACACCAUUCCCAUCACCAUCGAGCAAGUCGGGCUGAUGGGCUUCCAGGUCGACCACGGCAACGUGUACAUGGCCUGGGAGUGGCACGUCACGCACUGCCUCUUCUACUGGAAGAAGAUCCAUCGACAGCGAUACACCGGGGUGAUGAUUGAGCCCCGGUACGACAGAGAGAGCCACGUGAUGCACUGCCUGCACGCGGUUCUGCACCCUCGUUGGACGACUUACUCGGGCGUGGUCCUGAACUCGUGA